AUAUGUUGAAUCUAUGGCCUUUGCUAUGGCCGUCAAGUCGAUGUUUUUCACUUAUUUACAGUAUGAUCUGACAUUUUUCAUUAAUUUUACAGACAAACAUGAAAAUGUCUUAAUUAUUUGUGAAAAUCGUUAACGAAUUGAUACGAUAAUGAUCAAGAUAAUUAUGUUUUCAUCGAAUUGAUAAUCAUACGUUUCGACAUAACCCCAAUUAAAGUUUAUCAAAGAUUUUAUACCACUGCAGGUGAAUACAUUCACUAAGUAUUCAUUCUAUUCUGAAAGCAUCACGACAAAUGCCAAAAGUUAGUGUGAGCACGAGAUCGAUUUUUGUUAGAUCAGAAUAUUGGGUUUAACGAUUGGAAAUUGGAAGAUGACACCCAGUGAUAAAUUGAAUAUAUCUCCAGAAGUGGCACAAUUUUUAUUGGCCGAAGGUGCAACUUUGGUCAUUACAGAUGUCCCAAAAGGUACCGAUUUUGGGAUUGACUUGAAAUCCUGGAAUACCGGACCAAACUUCAAAGGAAUCAAAAUGAUACCGCCAGGAUUUCAUUUUGUUCAUUACAGUCCUGUAGACAAAAUGGGUGAACUUGCACCUCGAGUUGGAUUUUUUCAUAUAUUUGGAAAAAGUGAAUUCGUUGCAAAACGCUGGGAUUCUAAAAUCGAGGAUAUAUCCUCUGAGAGCGUAGAUGAGGAAACAUUGAAAAGGAUGCGAGAGGAUUUAAAAAACUUUGACAAAUGUUUGGGACCAUAUCCUUAUGAUAUAUGGAAAAAAUGGAGAGAUUUGACAAACAAUAUUGACGCAGAGGUUGUUGAAAGGUGCAAACCAUUGUGUGGUUAUGUCCGUUCGGCUUUGGAGCUGGAGAAUUGCGAUGAUGCUUCAAGGCCCAGAGGCACCGAAGUCGCCUACAAACGACAGCGUUGCAGUGGCCUCACUUCUGAAGCCAAAGAGGAACUUUUGCUACCGAGUUUGAAGCCAAAACCUGGUACAGAGUUAAGACUUUCUGAAUUACCGGAUAAAAAUUAUCCCGACGGUGCAACACCUGUAGAAAUCACAAGGCAUUCGCUGGACACCAGUUACGCUCUUGAGACAGUUUUACGAAAGCUUAAACACCCCAUAGAAAUAGUGGGUGAACUGCAAUUAGCCUUUGUAUGUUUUCUCACCGGUCAGAGUUUGGACGCGUUCGAACACUGGAAAAAACUCAUUGCGUUGAUGUGCGGGGCAGACGCUGCGAUAGCCCCGCGUCGUGGAAUUUACAUAGAACUUAUCAGAGCAUUAGAGACUCAAUUGGAACACGUACCCGAAGAUUUUCUUUGUGACAUCGUCGCUAACAAUAAUUUCGUGUACCACAGUCUCAGAAAAUUGUUUGCCAAUAUCGAGAUUAAUCCGGAAGUUGAUGGCCGGCUCAAAUCCGAAGCGAAUCGUAUGAAAGAUCGUCUUACGCUUAAAUUUCUGUGGGACUUUGAGGAUCUGCAAGAGGAACUCGAGGAUGAAGCGCCGGUUGUUGUUUCUCUAGACUAAAUGUAGAUGUUGUGAACUCAUUGUUAUAAACUUCUUUUUCUAUCGUACAAUAAAAUGCUUAAACAUGUGCACAGAAAAAAGUAGAAUUGUAAGUGAAUCGUUAAUAAUAAUAAAAAAUAUGCUGGAAAUUGAAA